AUGGCGGCGGCGGCGGUGGCGGCGGUGGGGGGGCGUCGCGGCUCCUCUUCCUGCUCGUCUCCCGGCGGGGGCGGCGGCGGCGGCUCUUCCUCGUCCGCCGGCGGGGGCGGCGGGGUCGGCGCCGCCUCCCCUUCGCCUCCCUUGGCGCCCUCGUCGGGCCUGGCGCUGGAGGCUCUGGUGGGGCUGCUGCUGCCGCCGCCGCCUCACCCGGGAGCCUCGUCCCCGCCGCCGCCGCCGCCCCCGGGGCUGGCCGGGCUGGUGCGCUGCGCGCGGGACUGCGGGGCGCAGGCGCAGGCGUCGCCGUCGUCGCUAAGCAGCCUGCUGGUCCUGAGCAGCGCCCGGAUGGGCUCCAUGAAGACCCGGUGAGUGCCCCCCC